AGAGGAGGAAUCAACUUUUGACAGUUGAGAAGCAGCCUCUGUCACUGGGUCAGUGUAGUUGUCAGUGUAGGGACUAUAGUGAGCUAAACUGAAAUAAGAAGCAGGCAGGCAGGUCAUCUAUAUCUGUUUUAAUAGUUGAUAAAGACAGUUGGAAAAGGGAAGUAGCUUAUUUCAUAAGAGGAAGUAAAGAACCGUUUUGUACAGUUUUCUCUAACCCUAACCCUCUACAGUUGUCUGUCUCUUUGUCAGAUAGGAUCUGUGUGACUCAGAGAAAGCUGUUAGCAGUGUGACUGGUGGAUCAGGGUGUGUUGUAGUUAGUGACUGGGUAGUUGACGCGGAGGGGAUUCCCACUCUGUGUUCUGCUGUCACCUGGACUGAAGCUCAAAGUACUACACCUGACUGAAGUGACAGAGGACCUGUCAGUUGUUCUACUACUGAGUGACUGCUGUUUCACAUCCAUCUGCUGAUGUCAUCCUCUGAUCUGACCUCUCACCUGACCUCUACCUGCGCCUCAUCAGACUGACUCACCUGGAGAGGCAACCUACCUGGUGGAACUAGAGUUCCUCUCCUGUCCUGAUGUGGGAGAGGCAGCUUUGGGUACAGAAUUAAUGUGUGUGUUUGUUUGUGAGCUGUGGGUUUGAUUGAGUGUAUAAGAGUAUGAAUCUGAACGUCUCUGGUCUGUGGGAGGAGCUUCCUGUUAACUCCUCCGUGCGGUGUCCCUAUGAUGUGAUUGGUUGGGAGCCACAAAUGGAGCAGCUGUACUUUUGGUUCUACCUGCUGCUCUUCAUCCCUGGUCUCUGCCUCAACACCACGGCUCUCUGGGUGCUAUGUAGACACAUCAGUAAGAAGACCAAGGCAGUGAUCUUCAUGGUGAACCUGGCUCUAGCUGACCUACUCCAUGUCAUGUCUUUGCCUCUGAGGAUCCACUACUACCUGACACACACCUGGCCCUUUGGACAAACACUGUGUCUGUUCUGUUUCUACCUCAAAUACCUCAACAUGUACGCUUCCAUCACCUUCCUGGUGUGUAUCAGUGUCCAGAGGUGUGUGUUUUUGCUACAGCCCUUCUAUGCCAGGCGGUGGAGACGGCGUUAUGACCUGUUGAUCAGCGCCACCGUGUGGCUGGUGGUGGGAAUAGGUUGUUCCCCUUUUAUUAUCAUGAGGAUCAGCAACAGCACUGUUCCCAGUCAAUACACCCCUAGCCCCAGUGCCAGUCUUAUACCCAGCUCUAACCCCAGCCAUUACACUGGUAGUCCUAUUCAAUACUCCACACCCUCCACCUUACCUUACACAAGCUCCAGCCCCAGCGGAUGUUUUAAGGACCUGCCCACCAGGAAACUGCCACUCCCCCUUGUGGCAGCCAUGAUGGUGCUUGCGGAGCUGUUUGGGUUUGUGUUACCGCUCAGUGCCAUCAGUUACUGCUCUCUCCGGAUCGCUCACUCACUGAGACAGAGACAGGACAGAGAGCACCACCACAACCACCGCUGCCCCUCGACCAGCCAGGCCCAACCCUCAGCCCAGACAGACAGAGAGCACCACCACAACCACCGCUGCCCCUCGACCAGCCAGGCCCAACCCACAGCCCAGACAGACAGAGAGCACCACCACAACCACUGCUGCCCCUUGACCAGCCAGGCCCAACCCUCAGCCCAGACAGACAGAGAGCACCACCACAACCACCGCUGCCCUUCGACCAGCAAGGCCCAAUCCUCAGCCCAGACAGACAGAGAGCACCACCACAACCACUGCUGCCCCUCGACCAGCCAGGCCCAACCCUCAGCCCAGAUUAACAGGCAGAUGGACAAAGAUAAGCGUCGCGCCCUGAGGAUGGUUAUGAGCUGCUCGGCUCUAUUCUUGUUCUGUUUCGCUCCGUACCACAUCAAUUUCCUGUUGUACGUGAUGGUGUCUCAGGAUAUAGUGUCCCACUGCCCCACGAUGCUGGUGGUGCGUCAUUUCCACCCUGUUUCGCUGUGUGUAGCCAGUCUUUCCUGCUGUCUGAACCCUUUGUUAUAUUACUUCCUCACUGCAGAGUUCAGACAGCACCUCUCCCAACGCACCUCCUCCCUCUCCUCCUCCAUUAGAGGCCGGCUCAUGAGCCUGGAAAGCACCUCCUCUUUUAGGGAGUAACAACUCCUGUAGGGAGCACUUUGUCUCCUCCUCCUCUCCUCAAUCAAUCAAAUGUAUUUACAAUGCCCUUUUUACAUCAGCUGACGUCAAAAAGUGCUAUACAGAAACCCAGCCUAAAACCCCAAACAACAAGCAAUGCAGGUGUAGAAGCAUGGUGGCUAGGAAAAACUCCCUAGAAAGACCAGAACAUAGGAAGAAACCUAGAGAGGAACCAGGCUAUGCGGGGUGGCCAGUCCGUUUCUGGCAGUGCCGGGUGGAGAUUAUAACAGUACAUGGCCAAGGUGUUCAAAUGUUCAUAAAUGACCAGCAUGGUCAAAUAAUAAUAAUCACAGUAAUUGUCGAGGUUGCAACAGGUCAGCACCUCAGGAGUA